AUGGAUAAUGAAAGACGGACUUAUACUCCAGUAGCGGAAAAGCGGAGGUUUUGGCAUAGCCGAUUCUGGCUGAAUACAAAAUACUAUAGUAGACGGUUGACGUCAACAAAUUCUGGUCGUGCACUUCUUGCUCUUGCUCUAUAUAUUGGAAGUUACAAUAUUGUUAUGCGAUGCGUAAUGGGAAGUGAGCAUCCUAUAAACCGGUUUACCUGGAGGAGAAUGGAGGCUCGAGGCGAGCUAACUGAAGAACUUCUAGCUAAAAGAGAAAACCUUAACCAGUAUUAUGCCUCGAAAGCUAGAUUUGAGUGA